AGCAACUCUAAUAACAUUUCACCAUCGGUUAUGUCAUCUGCGGGCUCGUGCGCUCUAAAAGCAUCUAGCGAUUUGCAAACAAUUGCCACUAAAUGCAUGUCCGGAAGCGCUUCAAACGCUUUGUCAAUGAUCUGUAAAUCGGAUUCAAGAAAACAGAUUGAUAAUGAGACCACUAUUAAUGGAACUGAAACGGAACCUAUUACAUUACUUGAGUGCAUAUGCAACGCGGGUUAUAUUGUGUUGAGCAGAUGUUUUAGCGCCGAGUUCUCCAAACUGACCGAUCAGUCCUCAAAACAGGCCAUUAAGACAUCAAUCGCCGAGAUUAAGACCUGUCUUCAAAACAUUAAUACUGAUUCUUCGAGCAAUAUCGAGUACGAGAUACCAGAGCUGUCGGACAGGAGUAUGGGUCUGAAAAAGAUGAAAAACUCGAAGGCGUCUAAAGAUGUAAAGUGGGAUAAAUUACACAAAAAACUGAGAAAAGGCAGUAAAUUGCAUAAGGCUAAGGGUGGCCAAGGGGACGGGCACCAGCACUCUGGCACCGGCAAACAUGGUACCGGCAAACACCCUGGUCACGCAGGUGGUAUGGGUAUGGGCGGUUUAAUGGGCACCAACCCAAUGGGCGCCCCCGUUAUGAGUCCCAUGUUAUCAAAUGCUCCCUCCGGUACAGUGAUUGAUAUUGGCCUAGAUGAGAAUGGUAAUUUUAUACCAGUGGGUGUAUCAGGCUCAAACGUGGGCGGAGUGGUGGUGAAGGACCCUAGUGGAAACACUAUGCCCUGGAAUGAGUUUACUAACAAUAAUAAACCAGUUGUUGGCGUUUCCGGUAUUCCCGCCGCACCCGUAAUGGAUUCCGGUUACGGGAAUGGUGUUUAUGAUAUGACCGGUAAUGAUGUCGUGGCAAAACCAGCAGUAAUGGCCGAUAAGACCCCCGACGAUGAGCUCGAUGAAAGUAUGGAUGAAUACGGACGCCUUAUGAGAAAGGGUCCUCAUGGUAGAUUAUUUUAA